UGAAUUAUUUUUGUCUCUCCUCCUCUCUCUCACUCACAGGCGAAGAUGUCCUCCGCCGGAGGCACCGUCGUCAUUGGCGCCCCACAGCUAUAUUUCUGCCAUCAGUGUAAUCGAACGGUCAACAUAACGCCGUCUCCGAGCGACGAUCUUAUCUGCCCUACAUGCAAUGGUGGCUUUCUUGAAGAACUUGAAAACCCUAACCCCAAUCCUCUUCCCAACUUCGACCCGUUCUCCGCCUUCUCGGACCCCCUGUCUGGCUUAUUCGGUGGCUUGCCUUUCCUCUUCCAGUCAGGCGCCACCGCCAUCGACCCCCAAAACCCUACAAACCCCUCCAACUUCUUCGGACAAUCUCGGACCACCCAAACCCGUUCAUUCGCCCAUGAUCCCGAUUCCUUCGACCCGUUUGUGUUCCUCCAGAACUACCUUGGCACCCUCAGAGCAGGCGGUGCCAACAUUCAGUUCGUCAUCGAGAACCACCCGUCUGAUCCCGGAUUUGGCGUUCCGUCCAACCUCGGUGACUACUUCAUAGGGCCGGGUCUCGAACAACUCAUCCAGCAAUUGGCUGAGAACGACCCCAACCGCUACGGCACACCUCCGGCGUCGAAGUCUGCGGUCAAGGCCCUCCCUAGCAUUACUGUUGACGAUGCAUUGUUGGGUUCUGAUUUGGCGCAGUGCGCGGUUUGUAAAGAUGACUUUGAGCGCGGUUUGGAGGUCAAACAGAUGCCUUGUAAGCAUGUAUACCAUUCUGAUUGCAUAUUCCCUUGGUUGGAAUUACAUAAUUCAUGCCCAGUGUGUCGGUAUGAAUUGCCAACGGAUGAUCCUGAUUAUGAAAAUCGGUCUACAGAGACAACAGGCUCAGGGAAUUUGAAUGUGGGAUCAAGUGGUGGUGGGGAUUCUCAAGGAAAUUCACCGGGGCAGCGGCCGCGGAGGUUUAGGAUACAAUUGCCGUGGCCUUUGGGGAUUUUUGAGUCUCUGGGGGAGACAAGUGAUGGUGGAGUUGACAACAAUAAUGGCAACACCGGUCGGGGAUCAAACUCUGGUGGUCAGCAAAACAGGGAAUUUGGUUCGGAAUGAAAGAUUUCAGAAUUCUCAGCAGGAGCAAAUGAAGUGUUAUAUAGAGCGUGUUAAGAAGAAAGGGAUAAAUGGGCAAUUGAUGUAUGACCUGCUUGGGACUUCUAUUGCAUUUUAGUUUGAGUUUGAUGUUAUUCUAUUGUUAUCUUAGAUUAAUACGGAUCAUCUUAGUCAGCUUUAUUCAAAUGUAAUUUUGCCACGAAAAUGAGUCAGGGUAUGUAUGGUUUGGUUAAGCCUUGUACUUCCAUAUAAGAGUUCUUAUAUUCUUGAUAGCUAGGUGUAUAGUAUUGUGGUUUAUGAUUAGUUGUAUUGCCUAUGGCAUUCAAAAAUUUAUACAAUGUUAUGCUAAACCCAUCUACCAGGAAGCUUGUAUUGGAUGCAUGUUGGCCUGGUGAUUUUACUUGUUUCUUUUGUGGGAUAUUGACAUUAUGUAAUUUGGACGAUGGUUGCCGUGUACUUUUGAAAAUGAUUAAUAUUUUGGAUUGGAGUUUAUUAGUCUUGUGUUUAUUUAUUUUUGGAGUCAUCUAUGUAUACACUCUUUGACUU